AUGGCGGAGCCGGAGCCGAGGCAGGCCGAUGUCGCCGCCUUCUUCCGCGACGCUCCCCCGCGCGUCGUCAUUGAGAUCAUCCGCCGCCUGCCUGUGAAGUCGAUCCUGCGCCUCCGCUCGGUCUGCAAGGUCCUGCGCGACGUCACGUCCUACCGGCCCCUCCUCGCCGCCGUCCACAUCCUCCACCCGCCGCAGCCGCUCAUCUGCUUCAGCCUCAACGCCUGCCCCGACCACUACAUCCCGCUCAGGGACUACUGCGUCGAGGCCCUCGACCUCCGCUCCGACAUGCUACGCCCCAUCCUUCGGUUCACCGACAACGAGUACUACGAUUUCUUCGAGAACAUCGAAGGUGUCGACGCUCCCCCCAUCUACGCCUUCAGCAAGGGCGAUAUCAAGUACGGCGAGGAGGUGGGGGACGGCGAACACUAUCCCUGGAUCACGGUCCACGGCUCCAUGGAUGGCCUCCUCCUGGUCUCCUUCAUCAACAUCUGGUACAUCUGCAACCCCGCGACGCGCCAGUGGGUUGCCCUCCCGGACCUCAGCAACUGCACCGUGAUUGGGCUCUACGCACACGUCUCUUCCGGUGAGUGCCGUGUGCUGAUCUACGCAGGCGAAGAUGAUGGGGCGACCAGGACUCACUACUACGUUCUCAAGGUGGGCGCUGAGCAGGCCAGGGAGAUCGAGCGCCCCAUCCCGCCGCCGGCGACCAGGGGCGUGGGGGUGCUGAACAUCGGGUUGGGGGUGUUGAGCAUCGGGCUGGAUCCUGCCUCGCUCUCGCCGCCCGUUCAGCUCGGCUGCAACUUGCACUGGCCGCCGCAGGAGCGCCAAGGAUACCGCAUGCUGGCGUUCGACACAGAGGCCGAGGUGUUCAGCUGGAUGAGCUCUCCCAACCACAUACGAGAAGGAAGCGUGCAGCUGCUUGAAAUGGAUCGCAAGCUCGCCAUGUCAGUCUCCAGGAACGGCAGGCCAACGCUAGAGCUCUGGCGUCUAGAGGAUUACCACAACGAGAUUUGGGUCCAGAUAUACCGGAUUAGAAUCCCAGUAAUGCACAUACCUGAGUUGCACUACAUAGACUGGUUUCCACAUGUUGUCUCACCAGAAGGGGAUGUGCUGAUCGAAUGCUCAAGCAAGCUGUUAUUGCACUGUGACAGGAAUGGGAAUUUGCUUCAGAAGUUUCAGUUUCGUGAGGAGACACCGUUGGUUAGGCAUACCCUGAAGGAGACCCUUCUUCCUCAUGCUAUCUUUCAGGCGCCGAAGAUAACCAAUGGUGAUUUUGCACCGCCAUUUUUCGAGGGGAUCUAGUCCGUGCUGGUGGUUGCAUUUUUCAACAUCUGCACUAUGCAUAGUACCGCAGUCUCUGUAGAUGAAGCUAGAAUCAACUAGCUUUCCUUUUCCCACUCUCUGAAGGUAGGAAUAAUCAUGAUCAGAAGUUAACAUUUCUCUUUCCUCUAAUACUCCGUAUGCUGGAUGUUUGCUUAACUCUUGGACAUGAAUGUGAAAGAUUCAGGUGCUGC